AUGAGUGCCGAUGAAAUAUCAGAUGACGUUCGGAUAACGGAAAUUCAAUCAUUGCAACUGAUUUUUGAAGGCGCUACACUUGAUGAAGAGUCCUUGACAGGAUUAAUUAGUAUUGAAAUUAAGGAGAACUGGACAGUGACAGACGGUACAUCCUCCCAUGAAGUGACUUAUUUUCCUCCUAUACAAAUGUCAUUCACUUUGCCAGAUGGAUAUCCAGACUCGAAGCCACCUGAAAUUCAUCUCUCGUGUCCUAUCUUCACCGAGAGCCAACUUGAGCAAUUUCAUCACACCCUUGUUUCGAUCUGGCAAGACUACAGGGAUCAGAUUAUGUACAGUUGCGUUGAUUAUCUUCAGCACCAAGUUCAAUACAAAUUGGGUGAAGUACUUGAUCGCCCGUUAAAGCUUACUUCCGAUGAGUUUUAUCAAGUAGUGGCAUUCAACGAUGCUGCUGAAAGAAAACGUUUCGAAUCAUCAGUAUUCGAAUGUGGUAUAUGUCAAGACAACCGUAUUGGAUUAAAAUGUACCAAAUUUGAUUGCAGCCAUGUAUUUUGCAACCAUUGCCUUAACGAGUAUUUUACGUCGACAAUUGAGGCGGGAGAGGUUGAAAAAGUACGCUGUCCCGACAUGGAUUGCACCAAAAAAUGGACUGACUUGACAACGAAGGAACGAAAUUUUGAUGAGUUAUUGAAUUCCAAUCUCGACAUUCAUGCUUUUGUGAAUGAUAUUAUCAAACCAGCCAUACCAUUGACAAUGCUUUCGUCUAUUUUGAACUCACCUAACGUGGUACACAGAUAUCAAAGUUUGCGCCGUAAACAUCUUUACGAGAUGAUAUCUAGACUCUUACCCAAUGCAUUGAUUGAGUGUCCCCGAGUGGGCUGUGAAGAACAAAUUUUGCGUCAAGAUCGUAAUGAUCUUCUUGUUCAAUGUCCGAAAUGCAAUUACGCGUUUUGCUUCAAUUGCAGAAAGCUGUGGCAUGCCAAAUACGUCACAUGUAAACCGGUUGAGGGUGGAAAAUACGGUGUUCCCAUUUCUGACAUUGAAACGUAUUUAAUUUCCGAGAAGGACUCUCAUGAACGCAAGGUUUUCCACUCUCGCUAUGGGCACACAGUUAUGCGAAGAGCUGUGAAGGAAUAUGAAAUGGAUCAACUUUUUACAAAGCUAAUAGAGAACUCCCCUGACUGCUCCCAAUGCCCGAGCUGUGAAAUUGUGAUACAGAAAUCUGACGGUUGCAAUUUGAUGACUUGUGCCCACUGUGACACGAAAUUUUGCUUUUUAUGUGGGUUUAUUACAGGUGCAAGUCAUGAUCAUUUCGCAGAUCCCACCUCGACUUGUUACAGAAAAUUAUUUCAUGGGAUGCCAGGUGUUGCAGAUUUGGAUGACACGUUGGACAUUCAUUGA